AUGCAAUAAAUUCUCCCAUACUUAGAUUAAUUUAACAAUAAGUUAGGCUUCAAAUAAUUAGAUUAAAAGAAAGAGCUUUAAAUUAUAACUUAAAAAACAGGUUUAUUACCGAGUUAGGCUGUAUUAUUAGUAAUCACACUAUUACUUUCUUUAGUUGCUUUAAAUAUAGGAUCUUUAUUGAUUUCUAACUUAUUCGGGCUAUUAUAUCCUGCCUAUAAAUCAUUCAAGGUUUUGGAAAGUAAUGCAAAUUAUGAUGAUAAAUAAUGGCUAACAUAUUGGGUAGUUUUCAGCUGCCUCACUGUUUUUGACAAUUUAUUACAGAGUUUAUUAUUCUUCUUACCCUUUUAUUAUUUGUUGAAAUUAUUCUUGUUUGUUUUUUUGUUUCACCCUUAAACCUUAGGAGCUACUUUACUAUAUGAAUAAGCUUUAAAACCAUUUUUAUUUAAAUACUAAUCUAAAAUAAAUUAAAAAUUAGAUUAAUUGAACUCAUUUGAAGGUUAAUAAUUUGUUUCAGAAAAAUCUUUCGAAACAUUUGGAAGAUCUAAUUGA